AUGCACCUUGAUAUUAAUACACAAAGGAAAAACUACAAUAUCAUAUUUGAAGGCUAUGACCUGAGAACACAUUGUAGGACACUCAAUUCUAUAAGUUAUGAUUCAUUAUGGUCAGUCAAUGGAGGUGAAACCGAAAUUGUUGAAUUGGCGGAUUACCCAAUAGCUGAGAUGUGUCCCAUAGCAGCAACUAAAGAGUACAAGAUAAUAAAAUCCGAAUCAAUACCUGGUCUUCUUUACACCAAUGUAAAUGCUUUUGGUUAUGAUGGCAAGGCUGAUGAUUACAAGCUAAUAUUCCUAUCUGGAUAUGCUGAGUUAAUCGUGUAUAUGUUAGGAUCAAACACAUGGAAAAGAAGUCGUUGCGUGCCUUAUGUAUUUCCUAGUGAGCAACAAACUGAGACUCUUGUUAACGGAUCCUUUCACUGGUUAGGCCAAACGUUGAAGAAAAACUCAAAGUUAAUAGUCGUUUUUGAUUUCUGCAACGAGGAAUUCGAUGAAUUGCAACUUCCGAAAGAACUCUUAGAGAAGAAGCAUUUGACCAUUGGAGUUUUGGGAGGAUGCCUUUGUGUAACUGUUACGGUCUCUGAGGUUUGUUUUGAAGUUUGGGUUAUGCAAGACUAUGGAGUUCAAGAAUCUUGGACUCCACGUUAUACAUUUGACUACCAUAAAGAAUUUAUGGGUGUCUAUGAUGCUUUGAAGCUUAUGUCGUCUUUCAGGAACGAUCAUAUUCUAGUAAGGACUGGCCAAUGUUUAUUUAUAUAUGACCCAAAGCAUCCAAGGGGUAGAAAUCCCAAGAGCUUGAGUAGUUUCUGGCUCCGUAAUACAGUAGGUUAUGUGGAAAGUCUAGUUUCACUCAACUCGGGUACUUAUGCGGGAAGAAAUAACAGGAUAGGUGUAUGA